AUGACAUACCUCCAGAGUCCCCAUAUGGGGACAACAUGGCAUGCAGAGGGCCAGGACCUGAGCUCACGCAUCCCACUGCACACCCACUGCAACCUGGAUGGUGGACGAUCCCAGGAGCUGAGCAGGUUUUACGAGAUGAGUCAGCAGCACCGCAAAUUCUACAACGACAAGACUGGGACACUUUACAUCCUUCCCUACUUUGUCCUGCCCAAGAAGGAAGAGGUGAAAUUUCCUCAUCCUCUGGACAUCCCACCGCUCAGCGCCAAGGUCCUCUGGAACAUGCGGCGAGUGUCACCAGCCAACCUGCCAACCGCCCAGACCUUCCCUGCUGGGAGGAGGGUCACUGCCCAGGAGAGAGAGAACCGAGACAGCUUUUUUGAGUACAGAGGCUAA